CUUGGUGAUAUUUCUCAACAGCCAUGAAUCAAACACCCAAUGUAGCUCUUCUACCAAGUCCAGGGAUGGGCAAUCUCAUACCACUCGUAGAAUUCGCCAAGCAACUCGUCCUCCACCACCACCACUUCUCGGCCACCAUCAUCUUCCCCUCCCCUGGACCACCCACAAAAGCCCAAAAAUCAGCCCUCCAAAACCUCCCCAAAACCAUCCACCACAUCUUCCUCCCACCCGUGGACUUACCUAAGGACCAGCUCAAUGUUGCAUCCCAAAUCUUCCUCACCAUGACACUCUCAAUUUCCUCCCUUAGAGACACUUUCGCUUCAUUAACGACAACUACCCGGUUGGUGGCUCUCGUCGUCGAUCCUUUCAGUAUCAGUGGCCUUGAUGUAGCGAAAGAAUUCGGGGUCUCGCAGUACUUGUUCUAUCCCUCAACAGCCAUGUCACUACAAUUUUCGUUUCAUUUGCCAAAGCUUGAUGAGAUGGUUAUGUGCGAGUAUAGAGACCUACCUGAACCGAUAAAACUUCCCGGUACUGUACCGGUUCAUGGUAGAGAUCUCGCGGACUCGGUUCAAGACCGGUCAAACAAAGCGUACAAGGGUCUCCUUGCAAACGUAAAACGGUUCACUUCAGUCAAGGGCAUAAUUCUGAAUAGUUUCAUGGAAUUGGAAGAGGGUACCAUAAAAGAUUUGCAGGUGGAGGAGCUGGGCAAGCCGCCAAUUUAUCCAAUCGGACCGCUUAUCCAAACAGGUUCAAAAACUGAUGAGUCACUAGAGCGACCCGAGUGUUUGCAAUGGUUGGAUGAUCAGCCAAGUGGGUCAGUCGUGUUCAUAUCAUUCGGAAGUGGUGGUACUCUCUCUCAUGACCAGCUUAAUGAGCUAGCAUUAGGUCUGGAACAGAGCGGCCAAAGAUUUUUGUGGGUUGUGCGAAGCCCUAAUGAUAAAUCUAACAAUGCAGCAUUCUUCACUGCCGAAAGUCAAAACGACCCUUUUAGCUUCUUGCUAAAAGGGUACUUGGAGAGGACACGAGGCCGAGGCCUGGUGGUGCCAUUAUGGGCACCGCAAAUUGAGGUGUUGAGCCACUGUGCAAUUGGUGGUUUUGUGACACACUGCGGGUGGAACUCAACGCUGGAAAGCAUCGUCCAUGGUGUGCCUCUGAUUGCUUGGCCACUCUACGCAGAGCAGAAGAUGAACGCAGUGAUGCUAACAGAGGGUCUGAACGUGGCGUUGAGACCAAAACGUGAGGAAACUGGGCUGGUGAGACAAGAGGAGAUUGCAAAGGUUGUGAAAAGUCUUACGGAAGGAGAAGAAGGGAAGAAGCUUCGCCAGAGAACAGAGGGCCUGAAGGAUGCUGCUGCGAACGUCUUGAGCAAAGAUGGGACUUCUACAAAAUCCCUAUCAGAAUUAGCAUUCAAGUGGCAAAAUCAAAUGAACAUUUGAUACCAAAUUGAUCGUUCUUAUUUCAUUUUUCGUUUAUUUCUCGUUUGUCUUAAUUUUCAGUUUUCGUUGUGUUUGGGUAUCCCACAUUAUUGUAGUAUAUGUGUAAUAUUGCGGUUGUUUUGGAUCUGAGCUGUAUUUAAAAGUUCAUGUUUGCAUAAAAAAUAAAGACUGCAGCAAUACCAUGA